CAUGGCCCGCACCGCACACAAGCCUCUUCGUCUCUUCGAGAAAAAAAAAUCAUCCUUCGAGAGAUUUCGCGGGGCGCAGGUUCGUGAGGAGCUAGGGUUUGGGAGGGAGCAGCGGAGAAGAUGAUCGAGGUGGUGCUGAACGACAGGCUGGGGAAGAAGGUGCGGGUGAAGUGCAACGAGGACGACACCAUCGGCGACCUGAAGAAGCUCGUCGCGGCGCAGACGGGAACCAGGCCCGAGAAGAUCCGCAUCCAGAAGUGGUACACCAUCUACAAGGACCACAUCACCCUCGGCGACUACGAGAUCCACGACGGCAUGGGCCUCGAGCUCUACUACAACUAGAAGUAUGGCCGCAUUUGAGUCCAGUUGUCUUAAGAAACUAUAUGGAAUCCAACGAACCAUACAAGACUGCUGCAUGUACCAAUAACUGCCGACCUGAAAUCCUGAAUGCAGCCAUAUUAUCAACCGGCAAAUGUGAUGUGAUGUGACGCUACUCGUACACUACAUAUAACAUAAUGUUUGUGACCUUUGUGUGAUAACCGCUGUAUUUUUAGUUAUGGCAAGUUCGUUCUGCUUACGAUUUGUACUGCA